AUGGUGAGCGAUUCGGCAAAAAUUCUUGCCCUGGUUGUCACGGCAAUAAAAAAUCUUCGCGAAUUGAAAGGCUCGACUUCUCGAGAAAUUUUACAUUAUCUCUCGUCCGUCUACGAUAUUUCACCAAAUGUGGCACGUCGUCAGGUUAGCAACCGUUCCCAUCACGCAUAUUCUCGCCUAUUUUCACGCGUAUAUUACGCAUAUAUAUCUCGUCGAUUCUCGACGAUAAUUUCACGCAAACAGAUGCAGACCGCGUUGAAACGCGGCGUCGCCUACGGUAUCCUAAAGAAGAACGGCGGCUGUUACAUUCUACCGACGAACAGCGAGAUAAAUUGCCAAGAAAUUGCCGAACAGGAGGUCAAUCUACUGGACGUCUGUCGCAGAAAUAGAAUGCAGAAAAAAUUGGGCUGCAAGUGCAAGAAGAGACGGCGUAGACGUAGAAGAAGGAAAAGAAGGUUCUGUAGAUGUAAGCGGAGACGAAGGAGGAGAGUGAGAAGACGAAGCAGAGCAGUUUGUGGAAGGAGGAGAAGAAGAAGGAAGAGGAAGUGUCGGUGCGGUGGUCUAGGAAGAAAUCUAAGGAGAGGCGAUCCAGAUAGGACGAAACGAGCCGGGAUACCCCAUGCAGCCGAAAACUUUCCAAGUGGCAGACUUUUCGAACCGUCGGAGGCUUACGAUUCCGCGGCCAGCGAGAAAACCUCUUUGUCCAGCAUCACCUCGGCAACAGACUAGAAACGUUCAUCGGUGUAAGACGAGCAGCGGUAGAGACGGCAUGUACCGCGACAAAGCAAAGCUUAAGACAGCAAUUUAUACGAGGAGCUUUCCUUUAGGGGUGUGCUCUUAUGUUUCGUAAGAAAUUGAUAAAAUGGUAAACAGCCGGGAGAAAA